GGCCUCUCCGUCCACAUCAAGUUCUAACCUCAUCUAGCAUGGGGUCUUCCCCUUAAUAAAUAAAGAAAGCAGAAACGAUUUGAAUGCUUGACAAGUUACUCUGUGUGUUCUCAUCUUCGUGUUCAUCGACCAUAUAGUUUCUGCCAAAAUACCUUUCUAUCUUUUCCUCUUUCACCUUGUGAAAAUCGUUUUAGAUUCGUAUAUUCAUUCGUCUCGUAACGAUUAUCAUGGCAUAGAUGAUUUCAUUUUCUCUCUUUCCUUAACCAGAGACUAGGAGAGCUAGACCCUAAUGAAAGCCGUUUUUUCCAUUAAUGCUUUCUUUAUAUUUCCUGAUGAUGCUACCCCACCGCCUUUAAAGAAUACACCUUUUGUACUAUCUUUGAAAACCAUACAUUAGCAAUUAGCAAUAUACUCUAUAACCCAAUGUGAAUCUUUUUUUUUUCUUCAAAAACAAUGCCCAGCAACACCACCACAUCUUCUGCUACUCCUCGAGACACAAUGACCCACUUGGAUUUCUUCAAGAAGCUCAAGAGAUUGAACCCUCUUGAGCCUUCUCUUGGCAUUCUUGGCUUCUUUUUAGUCACCGUACUCCUCAUUUGUUGCUUCUUUUACUUGGAUUAUAGGAGUGUGACUCGUGGCCUUCGCCACCAUGGUAUCUCCUGGUCUGGACUUGUUGUACCUUCUUCAUCAGAAUUAACUGGCGGAGAUAGUGGACGGCUAGGAUUUCUUGAUAAGGGUGGUGAUUGGUGUGAUAUUUUUGACGGGAACUGGGUUUGGGAUGAUAAUUAUCCUCUGUAUCAGAGUCAAGAUUGUUCCUUUAUAGACGCUGGUUUUAGGUGUUUAGAGAAUGGUAGGCCUGAUAGCUUCUACACCAAGUGGCGUUGGCAACCCAAAUAUUGCAACUUGCCCAGAUUCGAUGCAAGGUUGAUGUUGGAAAAGCUGAGGAACCGGAGGCUUGUAUUUGUUGGAGACUCAGUUGGAAGGAACCAGUGGGAGUCCCUCCUCUGUAUGCUUGCCACUGCUGUUCCUGACAGUUCUAUAUAUGAGGUGAAUGGGAACCCAAUUACAAAGCACAGAGGGUUUCUGGCGUUCAUGUUCAAGGACUAUAAUUGCACCCUUGAAUAUUACAGGGCUCCAUUUCUAAUUGUACAGGGCCGCCCCCCUGCUGGAGCUCCGAAAGAGGUGAAGUUGACUUUAAGAGUGGAUACAUUGGACUGGACUUCCCCCAAGUGGAAAGAUGCAGAUGUUCUAGUUCUUAACUCUGGCCAUUGGUGGAAUCAUGAGAAGACCAUAAGAGGAGUCUGCUGGGACAUGCAUCUCCCUAUUGAGCUUGAAGGGUACCAACAUAUUGGAGGAAAUUCUUCGGUGUUUGUUCAGUUGCAUCUGAGAUGGGGUUGUUACUUCCAAGAAGGGGAGAAAGUAAGGAUGGAGAUGAGUGUUGAAACUGCAUAUGGAAGAUCAAUCGAAACUUUGAUUGAUUGGCUUCACACUGAAGUAAAUAUGAGCAAGACUCGAGUCUUCUUUCGAACCUAUGCUCCUGUACAUUUCAGGGGUGGCGACUGGAAGACUGGUGGUAGCUGCCAUCUGGAAAAGCUUCCUGACUUAGGCUCGGUGCUGGUUUCACCAGAUUACCGUUUCAAACUAUUCUUUGAUGUGUUAUCAAAACACUCAAAUGAAUCACAAGUGAUGAACUUGCAUUUGUUGAAUGUGACAAGCAUGUCAGCCCGGAGAAAGGAUGGCCAUGCAUCCUUAUACUAUCUUGGACCAGGUAGUGGUCCAGCCUCCCUACACCGUCAAGACUGCAGCCAUUGGUGCCUGCCUGGUGUACCUGAUUCCUGGAAUGAGCUUCUUUAUACACUUCUUUUGAAGCAGGAGUUGGUUCAUGCACAAGAUUUAACAGAAUCUUCUCAAGCUCCUUUUGUGACCGCUUAAGAAGUAAUCUGUUUGGACCAACAUGAUUAAAGAACGGCAGUUCAUAAAUCAAAGGUUGCAGUUUCCUCAAACAUAUCAGCAAAGUCAUCAUUUGCUGAGUUGGAUGCAGUGCUUUGCUUCUAGACCAUCCAUUUAAUCAUCAGUUGCCUUCAGCAAUCCUUGGCAAAAUUUAAGUUAUACCAUUUUUCAGUGAAUUUUGUUUUCUGAAUGAUCGGGGACAGUUCACAGGCAUCGUGAUAAGAAGGCAAAGUUGAUAGUUGAGAAGAGAUAUACACAAAGGCAUGCUUUUCUUUUUGUUAUACAAGCUGUAUUCCUUGGACAGAACAAAAAUAGAAAAAAUCCUGAUCACGCCGCUUGUAAAUUGUAUAUGCAGAGCAAAUGCUGGAAAUUUUACAGUAUGAGAAAUCCUUAGUUCAGUCUA